UACUUAACUAUCAACAUGUCGUGACAUAUAAAGUGUACAGGUUUGUGAUUUAUAUUCUUUCUCUCUCCAUAAAUUUCCGCGGUUGCUGAAUAUCUGGAACGAUAGGAAAGUAAGGCUGAGUAUAAGAGUGACCUGAAGAGUCAUGAGACGAGAAUUGCUGCCCUCCAACAGAGACUGUCUGGUGACAUCACUGACCACGACCAGAAACAACUGAAGAGAGAGCUGGAGGAGGUGGAAGGGAAGAUCAAGAACUGUGUCACAGAGAUAAAAUGGCAUAAGAGCGUGAUACAUGACUUGGAGAAUAAGAUUGCUAAGACACAAGGAGAAGCAGAAGAGAGAGUACGACAGAGAAAAGAAGAAUCGAAGCGAUUAUUUGAUGAGGCAAUGAAGCACGGACACGUCUCAGUUAACAUUGUCAACAUGCUCAUGUUUGGACCGGCGGGAACAGGGAAGACCAAUCUCAAGCACCUGCUAACUGACAAGCCCCCUCCACUACAGCGAGACAGUACCUCGUGUAUGGAAAAGCCAGUACGCAUUCGACCUGUGUCCAACUCGAAAUUCAAGACAACUGGAAGAGGCUGGGUAGAGAUGUCUCAGCCAAAGUUGCUCGAUCUACUAGCUCAAAUCAUUGCCAAGUUACCAAAAGAAAGCACCGAUCGAUCCACGGCAUUAAAUGUUGCCGAAAGCUUGAAGAAGAUGACCACAACCAAGCCAAUUUCUGGUCCUAAUGAGCACUUUUCUGAUUUUUCAGAUGCUGAUUCCAGUUCAAUCCAAUCAAGUAACGAUUCUGCUAGAAUAUUUGACGAAGCCAUCGAUGAAGUGAUAGCAAGUGUAGUGAGUGGUGUGGCAGAAAAGCUGAAGCCAGCCACACAGGAAACUGACCAACUGUCGAGCAGUGACCAGCAAGAAGGAGAACUAUUCGAUUCUAACUGGGUGUACAUUACCGACUGCGGUGGACAGCCUCAAUUCCACGACAUCAGCCCUCUCUUCAUCAAGCACAUUUCGGUGGCGUUGAUAGUCCUGCGUUUGAUUGACGAACUCUCCAGUUUCCCUUCUGAUGAGUACUACAAGGAUGGACGGCUUGUGGGUAGUCCUCACACAUCUCACAUGACCCUCGGGGAGACAAUUCAGAGUCUUAUUCGAUCGAUUGAGUCCCAUACCUCACACGACAAUAAACCAAAGAUGAUUUUUGUGGGCACAUUCUUGGAUCAGCUGGAGGAGAGCUCAGAUACACUUAUCAAGAGGAAUAAAGAGAUUCUCAACAUGCUGCCACCCGAUAUCCAGAAGCUAUUGGUGUACAACGAUCUUGGAAUGAACAAUCUGAUUUUUGGCGUUAACACAAUCAGCCGAAAUGACGAUUCACUGGCCACUGCCGAUGGGAUAGGAUUUGCUGUUGAGCAUUCUAUUUCGCUACAAGUCGAAGUACCCAUCUGGUGGUCCUUCUUGGAUUCACUUCUCCAGGGUUUAUCUUCCAGUCUCAAGCGAGGUGUACUAAGCAAGCAAGAAUGUCUUAAAUUAGCCGCUCGAUUUGGUUAUGUACGCGAAGAUCUUGAAGCUGCUCUAGUCUUCUUUGACGAUGUGUGUAUAGUGCACUACUAUCCCUCCAUUCUCCCCAACACAGUGUUUGUGGAUGCCCAGAUUCCACUAGAUAAGAUCACCGAGCUCUCACAGCACGCCAUCUCCCUGAGGACGGCUGAAGUCAAAUCACCUUCUACUCUAAGCACAGGUGUGAUCGAUGCCAAAUGGAAGAUGCUUCGAGAUGAGGGCAUAAUCACUUUGGAAUUUCUACGACGUUUCGAGAAACAUUACGUUGACGACCUCUUUUCUCCCGAAGAUCUGCUAUUGAUAAUGAAAAAACUUCUUGUGAUUGCUCCGAUUCCUCUAGUGGAGUCCCCUACCCAAGCCAAGUUCUUCAUGCCAUCUUUACUCAAAUCGAUCCAACCUACUGAGCUAGACGAAAUUCGUUCCUCCUUCAAAAUAUCACCCUUUGCUGUCUACUUUCGUAGUGGGUGUAUUCGCUCUGGAGUCUUUUGCUGUCUAAUUGUGGACGUGAUCAAGCAGGUGGGCUGGCAAGUUUUACUUGCAGGGAAACCAAUUUUGUUAGCUAAAAAUUGUAUCCAGCUAAGAGUUCCCAAGCUCCCGUGUACUGUAACUCUGAUCGACUCCUUCUCGUAUAUCGAAAUUUACAUCAACAUCCCUCUUUCUUAUCGCAAUGAAGUAUGCCCUACGAUUCGCAAUGAAAUUUUGAACAGCAUAAAAUUAUCCUGUACAGAGUUGCAUUACAACAACGACAUACCCGAGAUAGGUAUCUUUUGCCCAUGCACGAAAAGCACUGGCAAAUUGCACCUUGCUGGUUUGAGCAAACGGAAGGACUAUUGGAUAUGCUCCCAAGCAGAUGAGUGGGGAGAGCUCAGUGACAAAGAUAGAAUCUGGCUGGACAAUAACGAAGGUUCUGGUGUAUCCUCUUCUGCUACGGGAGAUAUGUGCAGUACAAAGAGUGCUCAGCAGCAACAAUCUGAUAAAUUGCAAUCAUCUUCUGUAAUGGAAGAUGUGUGCAGGAAGACUGGAGUGACUGAUCAACAGCUUGAUCAAGAAAUCCCCAACAGUGAUAUCAUAUUAGUAGCAGAAAAAUUCCAAGCAACUCCUAACCUGCUCGAUCGACUCAACCUCACCCCAGCCGACCUCGGUGAUGUAACUGAUGUCAGAAUUCGUUACGGCAAUCAAGCUGGAGUGGCCCACGCAUUGAGAGUGUGGCAAAGAGUAAAUCCUUCCAGAGCUACCUUCAGGGCCUUGGUGGAAAUUGCCAUAGGACUGAGAAGAGGAGACACUGCUACAGACAUUUGUAAAUUCAUUGUAGAGAAUACGAAUUUAACUGACCAAAACUGACUGAAAUUAACAUUAAUUAACGUUUGAUACUAUUUUGUGUGUCUGUGUAAUGUGUACAAUGUAUGCUUUUUUCGUCUCUGAAAA